GCGGUGUAUCUGGACCAGUUGCUGUCCUGUGUGGAUGUUCUGUUGUCUGUGUGUGAGAAGGACUGUUGCUCGGUCAGUCUACAGCUGUUACAGGUGCUGGUUACUAUCCAGAGCCUCUCCACUGAGCCACAGCUCACUGACAAGGCAGAGCAGAGCGUAGUGUCUCUGUGUAAGGUCCAGGGUCUGGCUACAGUAGCUGACCUCUACAGGCAGCACAUGGAUCAGCUGCUCCAGUGGCUCUCAGACUCUCAGAAGACCUGGACCAGCUACUCCUCCCAGAGACUGCAGCUCCAGGUCAUCGCCACCCAAUCAG